AUGUCUUUUACGGCUGAUGCUGCGUUACAUUCGGCUUCAGGAGGAGGGAAGAUGUACGAUUUUCAUGCUUCUCAAGGAGGCACUCUGGGAGAAACGAAUGAGGACCACGCCGUAUUUUUGACGCCACCAUCCGGUGAGAGGGGACGGUCGCAUAUAUCUUGGUCUUGCCCCCUGGAUGAUGAUGCGCAUGCAUCGUUUCUCCAAACGACUGCCGCGGGGACGAUAACGGAGGAUGAGGGACGCAGUGACAGGGGAGGGUGUGGUCCACUGACUGUGAAUGCGGAAGAAGCUGUUGCGGGCCCGUUUCCUCUGCCCGAUGGAACUUCACGUGAGACUGCAUUCGUGGAGAAAAUUCACGAUCAGUCCCUUAUAAAUGCUGCGCCAUGGUCUGAUGCGUCAACGGCACUCGAAGGGCGGCACCACCGCAUGUCUCCUGAAGCGUCCUCUUGUGCUAAGUGGGCAAAAUACAUCUCCACUGCGGGUGUGCACAAAAACCCUGUUGAUGCACUCAAGCUUCAAGGUGUGCAUGAGAAGCUGCUGUGGCUGAACGUCACGGGGAUGGAGGAUCUGCUGUCUCGGUAUCUCAUCAACGAUUCUGUAAACGCCACUCACGACUGCCAUGGUGUCUCGCAUGCUCGUUGCUUGGACGCCAAACCACACCACGUGGAUCCCAAAUGGCAAGACUCAAUGUUGCAAGGGGUCCAACAGAUUGAAGUAACAGAGGGGCGCCUUACCAACAAACAGAUUUUUCGGAGGAAGCUUGUUUUACUAGGUUAUCAGGAGGUUGGAAAGACGUCUUUUCGGAAGUGCUUGGAGUCGGAGCCGUUGUUACUGAAGCGACUGCCGGAAGUGAGGACGACGACAGGUGUGGAGGCUUGCCGCCAAAAUAUUCGUGUUGGUGAGGAUUGGGUGCAGCUCGUCAUUUCGGAUUUUGCGGGGCAGGAGUCGUACCACUCACACACGCUCUUUCUCACGGAUCGAUCUAUAUUUCUACUUGUGUGGAAGAUAUCCUCCGUUGAGCAGGACUUUCAGGGCUCUGGUAUCUGCGUGAACGAGGAGGAGUGCCUGUACAAGUGGAUCGCGGAGGUGUACGCCAAGUUUCCGCGGGCCAAGAUAGCGCUGGUGGCCACCCACCUGGAUGAGCUCCGGGUCCAGGAGCAGCGUAGCGUGGAGCGGAUCCUAUCAAAGGUGGAGGGGAAACUCAUAAGCUUCAUGCAGCGCAUAGCCAUCACAGACCCCAACACGGGCACUACCGUUACGAAUGAAAUUGUGGGUAAUUUUGCUGUGUCGUGUAAGACACGCCAAGUAAUUGCGGCUGGGGAGCUGCGGCAUUUGUCAGGUCAGCGUCUGAGUGCCCUGCUGCGGUUCUUCGCGGAGGUGGCGCACCAAGAAUGCAUGGACGACAAGGAGUUUCCCGCCGCUGCUAUUCCAGGGUGUGACUUGAAACUUCUUGAGUCGGUGACUAGCAAGGGAAAAGAAUUUCAACAUAAGUUGCUGCUGCCCUUGGGAGAGUUCAUUAAUUCUGCGGUGAAGUUGGGCGUGAAGUCGGGUGACGAGUUACUUCGAGUCGCUCGACUUAUGCACAGCUGGGACAUUAUUUAUUUCUUUAAUGCGUACUGUUUGUCGGAUAACAUCUUUAUCAUGCUGCGUCCUCUUUGGCUGAGUCGCCUUGCCGCCGCGCUGUUUUCCUACGCCCACGUUCUUCGGACACCACUGCAUCUGCGUAGCAUGAUUGGGCGUCUCGAAUACACCGUAAGCGUUGCUGAGUCGGCCGACAUGCACCUCAUGAACAAAGGGUUUCUUCGCUGGCCCUUGGUUCGGGUUUUGUUCCGGACUCCACUGCGCGACAUUUUGGGUCAUGAGCCGGAUGAAUUGGACUACACCUUGGCCGUGCAUUUCCUCAUCUCCUUGAGCCUUGUCGUUCCUGUCGUUAUCCCAUGCGAUAAGUUUGCGCUGCUGCAGGAGGAGACACCGAUUGACCUUGAGGUGGGGCGGCCGCUCGUUCGCGAGGCAAAAUUCACACGCUACUUUGUGCCGAGUCUUUCCCCAUUUAAUGUUCCAGAGAGACUGAGGCGGCUUGCACCGCUGCUAUUCAACCGUGGGACAAGGCUAAAGUUCGAGUUUAAUCUCCUUCCGGACGAGAUAUGGUGGCGCUUCCAGGCCCAACUGCAGGGACACCAGAAGGUCGUCGUCGUGUACGAGGCGCCUGGGGUCUUCGCCGACGCCCGGGACGGGGACGUCUUGGACGACCGCCGCCUUCUCGGGGCGGAUGAGAAGCACAACCGAUGGAGGGAUGCCAUGUGGCUCGCUGGGGACUACUGCCGCGUCUUUUUGUAUCGUGAAGGGUUUCGAGUGAUACACAUUUUUUCUACAGAGACGAGGCCGCAUUGUGCGCAGGCCGUUCUUGGGGAGGUCGAGAACGUCAUGUCGAGGUUGUUGCAGGAUUACCGUGGCUUGCAGCGGACGGUGCAGGUGACAUGCCCGGAGCAAGGCUGUAACGACUGGUUGCCGUUAAGUGAGGUGUUGGCGGGGACCAGGGUAACAUGCCAGACAUGCAGGCAUGCGGUCAGCACCAACGACGUUGUUGCUGAAGACGUUGGAUCACGGGACUCCUGCUUUGGCGACGCGCUUCUGCGGGAGGCUGGGGAGCUGUUUUGCUUAUCCCUGAAUCCCAGCUACCGCGCACAGAUGUGCGAGUAUCUUUGCGUGGAUCGCACACGUGUGCUUGGCGCUUCCCCCACGGACGAAAACAACCACGACAUGGGCAACGAGGAGGCGGCGACGUGGAGGGCGCUAGAUUGUAUGUGCGCUCUCGACAAGGUUGUUCGUGCGGCCAUGCUGUAUGAGCUACGCGAGCGCGUUGAGGAGGAAGUGCAUAGGCGUCAGUUGUUAGAGCCUGCCCAGCCCACCCAGUGUCUAUCGUUUUCCUUGAACUGA